AUGGGGUCCCUGUUCCGGAGCGAGCCCAUGUGCCUGGCGCAGCUCUUCCUGCAGUCGGGCACGGCCUACGAGUGCCUGAGCGCGCUGGGCGAGCAGGGCCUGGUCCAGUUCCGAGACCUCAACCAGAACGUGAGUUCUUUCCAAAGAAAGUUCGUCGGUGAGGUGAAGCGGUGCGAGGAGCUGGAGCGAAUCCUGGCGUACCUGGCGCAGGAGAUUCACCGAGCGGACAUCCCGCUGCCCGAGGGCGAGACCAGCCCCCCGGCCCCGCCGUUGAAGCAGGUUCUGGAGAUGCAGGAGCAGCUGCAGAAGCUGGAGGUGGAGCUGAGGGAGGUCACGGGGAACAAGGAGAAGCUGCGGAGGAACCUGCUGGAGCUGAUCGAGUACACGCACAUGCUGCGCGUCACCAAGGCCUUCGUGCAUCGCGGCGUGGAGUUUGAGCCCUCCUAUGAGGAGUUCCCCUCCCUGGACAGUGACUCCCUGCUGGACUACAGCUCCCUGCAGAGGCUGGGCGCCAAGCUGGGGUUCGUGUCCGGCCUCAUCCACCAGGGCAAGGUGGAGGCGUUCGAGCGGAUGCUGUGGCGAGCCUGCAAGGGCUACACCAUCGUGACCUACGCCGAGCUGGACGAGGCGCUGGAGGACCCGGAGACGGGCGAGGUCAUCAAGUGGUACGUGUUCCUCAUCUCCUUCUGGGGCGAGCAGAUCGGCCACAAGGUGAAGAAGAUCUGCGACUGUUACCACUGCCACGUCUACCCGUACCCCAGCACCGCCGAGGAGCGCCGUGAGAUCCAGGAGGGGCUGAGCACCCGCAUCCAGGACCUGUACACGGUGCUGCACAAAACGGAGGACUACCUCAGGCAGGUGCUGAGCAAGGCGGCCGAGUCGGUGUACAGCCGCGCCGUGCAGGUGAAGAAGAUGAAGGCCAUCUACCACAUGCUCAACAUGUGCAGCCUCGACGUGACCAACAAGUGCCUCAUCGCCGAGGUCUGGUGCCCCGAGGCCGACCUGCCGGGCCUGCGGCGCGCCCUGGAGGACGGCUCGAGAGAGAGCGGAGCUACCGUCACCUCGUUCAUGAACACGAUCCCGACCAAGGAAACGCCCCCCACCCUGAUCCGCACCAACAAGUUCACCGAGGGCUUCCAGAACAUCGUGGACGCCUACGGCGUGGGCUGCUACCGGGAGGUGAACCCAGCGCUCUUCAGCAUCAUCACCUUCCCCUUCCUGUUCGCCGUCAUGUUCGGGGACCUGGGCCACGGCUCCGUGAUGUUCCUGUUCGCCCUGCUGCUGGUGGUGAACGAGAACCACCCCCGGAUGAGCCGGCCCCAGGAGAUCCUGGGCAUGUUCUUCAGCGGCCGCUACAUCCUCCUGCUCAUGGGGCUGUUCUCCGUGUACACCGGCCUCAUCUACAACGACUGCUUCUCCAAGUCCCUCAACCUCUUCGGCUCCGGCUGGAACGUGUCCGCCAUGUACAGCGCCAGCCACCCGCCCGCCGAGCGCGGCAGGAGGGCGCUGUGGAAUGACAGCGUGGUCAGGCACAGCCACGUCCUGCAGCUGGACCCGAGCGUCCCCGGGGUGUUCCAGGGCCCUUACCCGCUGGGCAUCGACCCUAUUUGGAACCUGGCCACCAAUCGCCUCACUUUCCUGAACUCGUUCAAAAUGAAGAUGGCGGUCAUUUUGGGGAUCAUCCACAUGACCUUUGGCGUCGUCCUGGGAAUAUUCAACCACGUGCAUUUCCGGAAGAAGUUCAACAUCUACCUGGUGACCGUGCCCGAGCUGCUCUUCCUGCUCUGCAUGUUCGGCUACCUCAUCUUCAUGAUCAUCUAUAAGUGGCUGGUCUACUCGGCCGACACCUCCCGCGUGGCGCCCAGCAUCCUCAUCGAGUUCAUCAACAUGUUCCUGUUCCCGAGCGCGCCCACCAGCGGGCUGUACGCCGGCCAGGAGCACGUGCAGCGGCUGCUGCUGGCCGUCACCGCGCUGGCCGUGCCCGUGCUCUUCCUGGGGAAGCCGCUCUUCCUGCUGUGGCUGCACAACGGCCGCAGCUGCUUCGGCGUCAGCAGGAGCGGGUACACGCUGGUCAGGAAGGACAGCGAGGAGGAGGUGUCCCUGAUGGGCAGCCAGGACAUCGAGGAGGGGAGCACCGUGCUGGAGGACGGCCGCCGAGAGGUGACCAGUGAAGAGUUCAACUUCGGAGAAAUACUGAUGACCCAGGUGAUCCACUCCAUCGAGUACUGCCUGGGCUGCAUCUCCAACACCGCGUCCUACCUGCGGCUCUGGGCCCUCAGCCUGGCGCACGCACAGCUGUCCGACGUGCUGUGGGCCAUGCUGAUGCGCGUGGGCCUCCGCGUGGACAAGACCUACGGCGUGCUGCUGCUGCUGCCCGUGAUGGCGCUGUUUGCCGUGCUCACCAUCUUCAUCCUGCUGCUCAUGGAGGGGCUGUCCGCCUUCCUCCACGCCAUCCGCCUCCACUGGGUGGAAUUCCAGAACAAGUUCUAUGUUGGUGCAGGCACCAAGUUCGUCCCUUUCUCCUUCCGACGACUGUCAUGGAAGUUCAGCGACGACGGGGCGUGA